AUGCGAGAGAUAGUGUGUCUCCAAAUCGGGCAAUGCGGGAACCAAGUUGGUGAGAAGUUCUGGGACAGUAUCGGCGAAGAGCAUGGGCUGUCUUCCGACGGUGUAUUUAGCGGAACCAAGCUUCAAGAGCAGCGCCUCAACGUGUUUUUCAGUGAGUCCUCAACUCGUCGUUACGUCCCUCGUUCAAUUAAUGUUGACUUAGAGCCUGGGACGCUUGAUGCUAUCAAAUCGGGUAAAAUGGGACAUUUCUUUAAACCCGAUUCGUUCAUUUGUGGGCACUCUGGUGCUGGUAAUAACUGGGCUAAAGGAUAUUAUUCGGAGGGAGCUGAGUUAGCGGAACCUGUUAUUGAACGCAUUAGAAAAGAAGUUGAAAGCUGUGAUUGCAUUCAAGGCUUCCAAGUGACACAUUCUCUUGGUGGAGGAACUGGAUCUGGUCUUGGGAGUUUAUUACUUGGGAAGUUACGAGAUGAGUAUUAUGGGAAAGUCAUCACGACGUUUUCCGUUGUUCCGUCACCUACAGUUAGUGAGACUGUUGUCGAACCAUAUAACUGCACACUGUCUGUUCAUAAAUUACUCGAUACAGCUGGUAUCACGUUCUGCUUCGAUAAUGAAGCGUUGUAUAAAAUCACAUCGAACAUUAUGAAGGUGCCGAAGCCAUCGAACGAGUCAUUGAACACGUUAAUUUCUUCAGUCAUGUCGGGAAUUACUUGUUCACUGAGAUUCCCAGGACAACUCAAUCAAGACUUGAAGAAGCUGAUGGUUAAUAUGGUCCCAUUCCCAAGACUCCACUUCUUCUCAUCAUCGAUUGCACCACUUUCAAGCGCUUUGGCUAUUCAAUACGAGACGUUGAAUGUACAGGAAAUUGUCCAACAACUCUUUGAGAGGAAAAACAUGAUGGUGGACGUCGACCCAUCCAAUGGGAAGUACUUGACCACCUCGGUGUUUAUGAGGGGGAAGGUAUCAACUCAUGACGUCGAACAACAAUUGUUUAACUUGAGAUCAAAGAGCCCAGAUAUGUUUGUCCCAUGGAUUCCAAAUAAUAUGCAACUCGCAGUGUGCGAUGUACCACCAAAGGGACUAAAUUUGUCGGGAACGUUCAUUGGAAACUCCACCGCUAUGACUGGGCUGUUCCAAAGAGUGAAGGGACAAUUCAACGCAAUGCUCAGGAGAAAGGCUUUCAUGCAUCAAUACACUGAGGAGGGUAUGGACGCCGCAGAAUUCACAGAAGCCGACUUGAACAUCCAGGACUUGAUUAAUGAAUACGACCAAUACUUCAAAGCUACACCAGAGCCGGAAACGGGAGACGUUGACGGUGAUAUUCACUCUGAUCUACCGGCUGAGGAGGAGCCUUCGACUGCUACAGCACAAAACCCACCACCGACUGCUGCCUAA